CGUACUCACCUGCGUACCAAAUGUCAUGGCUACAUUUUAAUAGAAAUCAACUAAAAAUUUAAACCGUAAAUUUUUGUUAAUUUCCUAUCGAAAAAGAUAAUCAAAUCGUCUCUAAAUUAGAAGAACAAUACCGAGCCUUAUCGAGUAGGCUUUCUGACCUUAGAUAGAGACAUGGCAGUUAAUGUAUAUUCUACAAAUGUAACAACAGAAAACCUGUCCAGGCAUGACAUGCUGAAUUGGGUAAACGAAUGCUUGCAAAGCAGUUUCAAGAAAAUUGAAGAACUUUGUACAGGUGCUGCCUAUUGUCAGUUUAUGGAUAUGUUAUUUCCAGGAUCCGUACAACUGAAAAGGGUAAAGUUUCGAACAAACUUGGAGCACGAGUACAUACAGAACUUCAAAAUUCUUCAAGCUGCUUUCAAAAAAAUGGCUGUUGACAAGAUAGUACCGAUCGACAAGCUGGUGAAGGGCCGUUUUCAGGACAACUUCGAGUUCCUGCAAUGGUUCAAAAAGUUCUUCGACGCCAACUACAGAGGGACCGACUACGACGCGUUAAGUGCUAGAUCCGGAGAGGGGAUGGGCAACGGAGGACCUGCCGCUGCCAAGGGACAGUUGGGGGCUCCACAGCGGAAGGUGGGGCCUAUACAGCCCCCAUCGCCUGUCAAAAGCGAUACCAGACCGGUGGGGAGAGCUAGAGCUAUGCCCAAAGCAGCACCUGUGAGGACUCCAGCUAGAGCAGUACCCAAUAGAAAUGCGGGAGAUUUAUCUGGUAAAAUAGAAGACUUAACGAAUCAAAUAUCAGAAUAUAAGCUGACUGUUGAAGGUCUUGAAAAAGAACGAGAUUUUUACUUCGGCAAGCUUCGCGAUAUUGAAGUUAUGUGUCAGGAAUCCGAAGACAACAAUCCAAUAAUACAGAGAAUUUUAGACGUGUUAUAUGCCACAGAGGAAGGAUUCGCACCUCCUGAAGAACUGGAAGGCGCCGCCGAAGAAGAUGAAUAUUAGUGAAAUAGUUAAAAAGAAUUAUUUGCAGUUUUCGUUAAAAAAAAGGCAAACAAUAUGGUUUACUCAUUUAAGUUAUUAUGAAGCUAUGUUAAAAAAUUUUUAGCAACAUACUCUCAUAUUUUUUAUAUAUAUUCAGUUAAGUUUAUCGGAUAUAGGUUUAUAAGAGUGUUGUUGCUUUGUAUAUUCAGACUUCUACUGCUGUUGUUCUUGUAGUAAUUGAAAAAAAAAUGCUUUUCACUAUAUCUGCACUGAGAACGUUGCAUAUUAUGGUUGAUAUAUAUGAUAUAUAGAUCUAAAAAAAGAAAAAAACAGCAAAAUUUCUCAUUUGUAUAUGUAAAAUUCAAGUGGUGUCGUCUAAUUUUUUAUAAUAUUCUUUUUUACUAUGUUUCAAGUUCAAUAAAUUAUCGUAAAUAAAUUUUUAAAUUCUGAA